AUGGCAGCGUCUGCUGGAAGAGAAAUGUUGGCUUUUGACAAAGAAUUGUAUGCACUGUCCGAAAGCAAACUGCCUGUAUCAGCCUCUCGGAUAACAACUCUUACAAAGCUUGCUAUAGUUCAUAUCAAGCUCUACAAACACAUUGUGCAUAGCAUUGAAAAAUUCGUUCAAAAGUGCCAACCAGAUUACAAACUAGCUGGACUGUAUGUAAUCGACUCUAUCCUUCGUGCUUCCCUUAAACCGACAGCCAAAGAAAAGGCACCGACAACCAGUGUAUAUGUCCGCCGAUUUGAGGAGAAGCUGGAAAACAUAUUUACCAAUCUUGUACAAGCAAAUUUAAAAGACAGGACUAGAAUGAAGCGUGUCGUUGCACUUUGGGUCAAGAGCAAUAUUUUGAGCUCAGAGCAGCUUGAAGUGAUUGACAAGGCAUAUUUUUCUGAUAUCGAUCUAUCCGAGGAGUCGGCAACUACAAACAAGGAGGAUCAACGAUCGCGUUCAAGCAGUUCAAAAAACAGCAGCUCAUCAAAUAUAGGAGAUGUUGAAGACACAACAAAACGAUCUGAGCAGUUUGAUACACAUGGCUGGGAUUCUCAAAAUCGUAACAUUGCUUCAUCCACGGUUUCUUCUACAGUCAACUCGCCUUUGCAUACAUUGCCGAAUACUUUGCAAAACACUGUUUUGGAUCAGUUGAAUCAAGCACCGCAUCACUCAUCUAUGCCGACUUUGCCAGUUUUGCCAGCAAUUCCCCUUUUAAACGACAUUCAAAAUGAGUCUUUGACAACCAUUGGAGCAGUCUCGGAUUCUGGUAUAUCAGAACCACAGGUAUCGACUUUGGCUGACCCAUUAUUCGAUUUUGAUUAUGGAGACGAGGAUGAUUUACUUUCAUCCGUGAUACCACUUGGAUCUACGUCACAAAGCGAAGCGUCUUUGACAUCGGAUACCAUUUCAAUGCAUGCAUCGUCUUCAAACACAUCCACCCUUCAAAACACAUCAACUGCUGACAAGGUUAUGCAAAACACUUUGACGACUGGCACACCAGCUGUUGUAUCAUCGUCAAACCAAACAGCUGCACAACAUACUCUCAACAACCUGCUUGGGUUUACUAGCUUAACUGGAUUAUCAGGGUUAGCUGAGCUGUCUAAAUUGCGUAAUUCAACGGGAGAUAAAACGCUACUUCUUGCCAACCCAACAGCAGCAGUUCCACCAGUACCUGCUACUUCAUCAGGAUACUCUGAUUUGGAAAGUAUAUCGGCAUCCAUGUUUAGCUACACUGCGUCGUCAACCCAAUCCGACACUCAUAUUGCACAUAUGCCGUCUUUGUCAGAUCUUUCAUCCAGUAUGUUUGACUUGAACAAACAUACUUUACUCAAGGAACAAGAUCCACCCAGUUUGGCCGAUUCGAUACCAAUACAUAGCACUGCGCCUUUGGAGACAGGACAUGAUGCACGGUUGGUAAUAGAGAAUAGGUUGAAUUCACGUGGAAAACGCGAGUUUCAAGACGUCGACGUAGAUUAUAGUAGCGAUACAAAUCGGACUCAAAUGGCACGACUUGUGUAG